AACGGCAAUUUUUGUUUUAGAUAGCUUGAACUUAGUCUUGCUAAAAAAUGUUCAAAACAAUUUAAACUUUUUCAAAGUUUAAACUGAGAUGUUAGCCAAUUUUAGAUUAUUUUUUUUCAUUCUGCUUCUUAAAAAAAGGUUCUUGAAACAGUUUGAGGCGGAUAUAUUAUUUGGUGGAGAUGUUAGCUUCGACUCACCAAUCCGAUUGGAAUCUGGAUCAGCUUGUCCUUAUUCUGACGUUUUAAAACAUGUCUCAAAAUACUUUAGAAGUGCAGACUACAAUAUGAUCAACUUGGAAGCUCCAUUUGUGUUGAAACAAAAUGAAAACUCCACAAGUUUUUCUAAUAAAGGAGUUCAUAAUAUGGCGUGGCCUGAGAGCGUUAAGGGACUGACUUCGGCAGGAAUAAAAUCAGUAAGUUUAGCUAACAAUCAUAUUAGCGAUUAUGGUGAUGAAUCAGUCAACCUGACAAUGCAAAUCCUCUCAGCUAAUAAAAUUGAAUUUGUUGGAUUAACUAACGGAAAAAAUUCGCCAUAUUCGCCUCAGAAACCGCUGAUAAAAGAAAUAAACGGAAUAAAAGUUGGCUUUCUAGGAUAUUGUGGAGAUUAUUCAGGAGAAUGUAAGUUUUAUCGUCCAGGUUUUCAAACAAGUACAGCACUGCUUCGUGAGCCAACUGUUAAAUACGAUUUACAAAAACUUAAAGGAAAAGUAGAUUUUAUUGUGACUUUUUUACAUUGGGGAUCGGAAUACGCUGCAAUUCCAAAUGAAUCACAAAGAAAGAUGGCUCUUUAUCUCAGUCAAUUAGGCGUAAAUAUAAUAAUUGGAACUCACCCACAUGUGUUGCAAGGACACGAGUGGAUUAACAAUACACUUGUACAUUAUAGUUUAGGAAACUUUGUUUAUCAUGGACAUUUUACGAUUUUAGAUAAACUUACUGGUGAUAGAAACAAUAGAAAAAGACUUCACGCUAUAGCAAAUGAACUAUCAAGAUCAUCUAGAAGUCCAACAACUAGUACAGAGCUUCUGAAAGUAAAAUUUACAAAGAGUGGAAUUAAAACGGCACAUUUCUUACCUCUUAGAAUAUUUGAAACUAAAACGGGUUGUAUUCAACCAAAAGCAAAAGUUGAUGAUAAAUGGAUUGUUGUUUGUGGAGCUCAAGAUGACAACUGCUAUGUACCAAAAACUAAAUAUCCAAGUUAAUAGGCGUUAAAUAUCCAAAUAUGUUAUACUUUUUUACUUCAGAGUAUUUUUUAAAUAGUUAAAAGAUAAAGCUUCAUGAGUAAGUUGUCCACGACGAAUAAAAAAAUCGCUAUCGCAUGUUUCUUUGUUUUGAUUUAUUUAAAAUUGUUUUUGACAUUUUUCCUGCAAGACUAUACGCAACCAAAAACUUUUUACAACUUUUUUUAA